GAGCUCUCUGUUCGGGACCCGCAUCCUCUACGAUUCUUACAAAAGGCAAGAGUGGAUGCAGUAUUUGGAUACCAAAACACGUUAACCCUUGCCGACGACACGCUAUUCCAAGAAAUUGCUACGCAUACCGACACACCCGUAAUGCCGAGCACUGGCGGUUGCCCAUUUAUGUCUGGUGGAGCAGGAGGAGGAGCAAUACAUGAGGAGCUCUAG